UUUCAAGAUGUCAGCCCACAUGGACUUGGAUAUUUUGCACACAAAUAUACACAAAACUUUGGAAAGUAAAGUCAAGCUAGCCUCAGAAUUGGGAUAUGAAGUCAUUGCAAUCAACAACUUUGUGCCAGAAAUCAAAUCUGUCAAGAAACAAAAGAAAGGUGGGGAAGGACAGAUCAUUAAAAUUCAAUCUGCUGAAACAUUCAGAUUGUCAGAUGAGAAACUGAAAACUCUAAAGUGUCCUGGACGACCACUGAAACAACUGACUAGAUUUACUACCAUCAUCAAAGACCAUCCACACAUUCAUCAAAUUGGUGGGAAUGAUAUACAAUCAUAUGACAUUGUAGCUGCACAACCAUCAAAUGAGAAAUUUUGGCAGGCUGUCUGCAAGUCUGAUGUCAUAGAUAUCAUCUCCCUUGAUUUUACUGAAAGACUUCCUUUUCACAUAAAGCGACAACAAAUUAAUGAGGCAAUAGGCAAGGGUAUCCACUUUGAGAUCAACUAUAGCCCAGCCCUGAGUUCUAUAGAUCCCCAGAGAUACACCAUCAGUGGGGCCCAGGAAUUGGUUAAAAUAUGCAAGGGGAAGAAUAUCAUCCUCUCAAGCAGAGCUGUAAAUGCAAUGGACCUCAGAGGACCUUAUGAUGUUGCUAACUUUUCAUUACUAUUUGGUUUGAAUGAGGAACAGGCAAAGGCAGCAGUAUCAACCAAUUGCAGGGCAGUGCUCAAACACGCAGAGAGCAGGAAGAGCAUCAGAGGGGUGUUGACAUUCCAGAGUGUGCCAAGGACCAUUGAGAUAACCCCUAAAGAAUUACAAGAAAGACUUGCAGCUACAGCUGCUGAGAAAACCCCCAAUGACAAUAACAUUAACCGAUCUGCAAUAAACAAUAACUCAAAGGACAACAUUUCAAGGGGUUUAGAGAAAACUGAUUCACAAGCCCCUAAUGGAAAAUUAGUAAAUACCUCAAUUGAUAGUAGCAAAAGUACAAAGAAAAGACACUGCAAUGAAGAAGAUGACCAGCCUCAUGCAAAACUGUUAAAAACUAAUGAAAAUGGAUCUUAAUAGUUUAUUAUGUUUUAUAGGGUAUUCAAUAAACAGGAAAAAUUUCAUUUUUAAUCUUCCUUCCUUCAUAUAAUAUUUUUAGUACUUGUACAUAGAAGCUUAUCAUCGGCCAGGAAAAAAUAUUCUUGUGUCAGGAAAAAUAUUCUUGUUCCUCGUUAUUGUGCUUUCUCUAAAUGGUCAACACUUUUUUAUUUAACAUUUGAGGUACAAAUGGGUUCAUAUUUGUCUAUAUGGAAAAGGUACAUUGUUUUGUUUCUUCAUCACUGUUCCACAGCUGGAUGACUCUAACAGCAGUUAGUAUCAUUCAAGAUGGU